AUGGAUCCCACGAUCAGAGGAGGUGAGCAGAGGUCGGCGUUGCCCCCUCCCCCCAAAGUGCACCAGCGAUCUCUAAGUGCUCUCGAUAUCCCGUUUAUCACUUGCCAUCGAAUUCCUUGGUCCUCUUCAGAAGCUCUUAUCCUUGAAAUGCUUCAGAUCAAGUUUUCUCUCAAUGCCAAUCACUAUGGAGAACAAGGGAGCUUCGACUUCUUACCUGGAGAAAAUUCAGAGAAAGAGAUUCUAGACGCAGUCCGCAUCUCUUGUAAACUUCAAUCGAUGUUACCUAUAGAAACGGUCAUAAGCCUUUACGAGCAGAUUCGAGCUGAUGCAGACUGUUUAAUCGAUUAUGAGGUGAAGCACAACAGCUCUGGGCAAUUUUUCUCAUCGGCCAUUGAUGGUAGCCCAAAUCAAGGCCAUCUUUCAGUAUCGUCAGACUCGGUGGUCCCACCGAACGACCAAAACUCGUCCGAUGUAUCCGUCGACACCCGUAAUCAAUCUUUCCCUAACGAUUUCGACAAGCACCUCCCGGACGGCCUUAGCAUAAACUCACCCAGCAACUCGGAUGUGACUUCUCACGACUCCGCCAUCGAUUUAAACGAUGACCACCAAUAUACCUCGACUCGGCCUGGAUCUUCAAAAACCUUGGGUACCCAAUAUACGAAGAACGAGACUCAUAUUCGUUCGGUCAGCCCAACGAGUCCAACGAUCGGGACACUGGAGAGGUCAACACCAGUGACACCAGAGGAAAUUGAAUCGAGACGCGCAACACCCGAACGCCCCCAACAAUCCUUGUCGAGAGUCCAGCCGACAGUUGAAGAUGCUCCCGAUGAGGACGAAAUUGCUGCUGUCAAUCCAAUUGGCUCUGACGACAUCAAUUCGAGCGAACGAUACUCAUUGGAACCACAGCAACGAGCCGACUAUGCUCCUGGCAAUGCAAGGGGUAGUGACCCUGAUGAUUGUUCAAUUUCAAAUGAAAGCUUUGGGGAAUCGGAUAUUGACUUGGCUAUUGGUGAUUCUAUAAGGUUUUUGAGUGAAGACGAGAAUCCGGUCGACUUUACCUCGAACCCCCAAGGUGGCAUUUCCACAUCUAUUUCUCCUUCGCUUGAUAAUAAUGGCCUGUCUGCGCUGCCUAAAAAGCUUUCAGAUGCGUCUCACUUGCCCUUGCCAAUUGGGUGUCUGCAGGCAAGCUCCAAGCGGAAGCUUUCCCUUGCUGUUGAAUCUCAAUCUGACCAAUCCUUCAGGAACCUCAGGCCCCGCCUUGCCCCUGAGCAACCAGAGGAGCCUGAGCAACCAGAGGAGCCUGAGCAACCAGAGGAGCCGGAGCAACCAAGUGUAGCAGUUGAAGAUUGUGAACCGAAUGAACCUGAUAUUCUGAAACCGGUAUAUUCCCGACUGACUUUGCAACAGCUGACGGAAGUCCAGCGCACCGGCGAACGCCUUUAUUCACACAACCUCGCUGCCUUUUUAGAAAAGUACUCCUGUACCUGGAAGGUCUCUGGAUUCUGGAGCGGCCCUUCCUGGAAUGACUCAAGCUCCUUGAAUGCCGCUCAAAAUCCCAAUCGUGCCAGUCUUAUGACCUAUUUAAUGCGCCUGCACAAUGAGAAUGACAUGCAUGAUGUAAAGCUACGUGUUGCUCGAUGUUCUCUGUUUCUGUUUUUUGUCAGAGAAAUCGAGUGUGAACGUCAACGGGGCACAGCAGAGACAGCUCUGAAAAGAAAUGUCGUCAGCACGCUUUGCAAUUCGAGAGGCCUGACACCAGUCGAGAAAAGAAAACUCCACAAAUCUUUCCACAAUGAAAAGAAAAUCGGUGAGUAUUGGUGGUGGUGUGUGUACUACUUCGGCCCCAGCUUUCUUAUCCGGUGCAGCAAAGAAGCAGGCAAAAAAAUAAACAAUUUCCGUUUCCCGCUGGAUGCUAUGAUUGCAUACGUUCUGCAUGGGAACCCUCCUGGCGCAAAGCCCUAUCCCGCCCUUGAUGAGGCCGUGGUCCAUUUGCUUAUCACAGGCAAGUUUUCCGACAAACGUCCAAAAGUGGGGGAAUCCCCCGCUAUAGAAUCUAUUGCGCUUAAGGCGUGGCGACCUUAUAGUACUGAAGCGGUCACUGAAGAGGCUCUCGCGAGCCUAAACGAAUGGAAGGCCAACCCUGCAAAUCGCAUGCUGACUUUCUAA